AUGAAUGGUUUCAGUAAACCGGGGGCACAUGGGGUGCCACGUUUCACCAGAACAUCGCUCCUAGGAUUGUCCAACCAUGACUUGGAAAGAGAUUCAGGCUUCUCAGAUGCCAGCUCCGAGUACCUCAGUGCAGUCGAGGUGACGGACUCUGAAGAUACAGGAAGGAAUGGGUCAGUAAUUGGACAGGAACCAACUGGUCAGCAGGUGGCCGUGGUGGGAGGUUCGUACACUGGACUGUCCCCAAUGAUCAUCAUGAACAACUUUGUCCUGAAGCAGCCAUCAUCCAUGACCCCGUCAGAGAAGCAGUGGGGGUUCUCGUCACCUAUGGAAGUGAUGCCCCAAUCACAAGUAGUUCUCCUCCAGCCGAUGGUAUCGAACAGCAGCAGCAGCAGCAGCUCUUCAAAGUCCGGCUCCAACAAUACACGACAGUCCAAAAGCUACAUGCCCAUUCUCAAGUCAUAUCCCAGAAUCGCCCCAUACCCCACAGACUCGCCCAGUAAGAGGGUGGGAUCCUUGAAGGCGACGGAAACAUUAGAAUGUGACCAGCGUCAGAGGAGACGCCAUCAUAGGCUCAACAACUCCCCCAGCCCACAGCCUGCACUGCAGACACGAGCUCCAACCAUCUCCAGCUUUGAAGCAGCAGCUAACAAAACACAGGCAGCCGAGAGUCAGGAGCCGCUUCCUGACAAGUCUCUGGCCCUACGAGCUGAAAGCAGCUCUCUGCCCUCCUACACAGAUGAUUUUAGGACUGUAACAUACCAGGAUCCCGUCUCCAGUGACAAACUGACACGCUUCAGCAACACCUACAACAUUCUCAGCAAGUCCGGCCUGCUGGGGAUCACAAUGCGCACAAAGCAACUAAUGAAGGAGAACAAGCGCACCCAGAGUCAGUUGCACCAGCUCCGGGAGCAAACGGCUCUGCUGCUGGACGCUCUGAACAGUGGGGAUCCACAGCUCUGGACUAAACUCCAGUUCUCCCUGCAGAACACAGACAAUGAACACUUAGGGGCUAAAGCUCAGGGAGUCGAAACUUAA